AUGUCAGUUUACUGUUUAGGGAAGGAGCUGAAGGUACGAAGUACACUGCAGAUGUCCAGGUACGUCUCUAUCUAUCCGUCAGGUACGUCUCUCUAUCUCUCCGUCAGGUACACGUGGCCAGCGAUCGCCGUCAUGCUGGGACUGAACAGCUUCGUGCACGUGCUGCUCUACUGCUACUACGGCGUGACGGUGCUGCACGGACGCGUCGACGUCGGCUGGAAGCGUGCGCUCACGCAGCUGCAGAUCCUCCAGUUCGUCGUAGGGAUGAUGUUCGGAGGCUGGGGCUACCUGCACCACGGCUUCUGCAUCUACAGCAUGCUGUACGGACUCACGAUGACGCUGCUCUUCUCAAACUACUACCGCCACGCCUACAUGUAGGGGGCGCCACCACUACCUGCACCACGGCUACAUGUAGGGGGCGCCACCACUACCUGCACCACGGCUUCUGCGUCUACAGCGCGCUUUACGGACUCAUGAUGAUGCUGCUCUUCUCAAACUACUACUGCCACGCCUACAUGUAGGGGGCGCCACCACUACCUGCACCACGGCUUCUGCGUCUACAGCGCGCUUUACGGACUCACAAUGAUGCUGCUCUUCUCAAACUACUACUGCCACGCCUACAUGUAGGGGGCGCUGCUGCUACCUGCAGCACGGCUACCGCCACGCCUACAUGUAGCAGUCUGCCACGAAAAACUUUCCCACCCU